AUGAAAACAACCCCUUUUAGUCCCGGAAAGCUGAAUCUCAAGUGGCUUGAGCAGAUUUAUCGCGGCAACCUGGCUGUUGAAAUUGACGGUAAGGCAAAGGCCAGGGUGGAUCGCGCCGCAGAGGUAGUGAAUAGUGCAGCAUUGGGAGCGGCAGCGGUGUAUGGCGUCAAUACCGGCUUUGGCAAGCUGGCAAACACGCGAAUCGAUGCAAUUGACACUGCGCGACUGCAGCGCAACCUGAUUUUAUCUCACUGCUGCGGGGUGGGUGCAUCGUUGCCGGAUAAUGUUGUGCGUCUAAUUAUGGUGCUGAAGCUGAACUCUCUUGGCUGCGGUGCGUCUGGCGUACGCUGGCAGCUGAUAGAGCAUUUACAGGCGAUGUUGAACGCCGAAAUCCUGCCAGUUAUUCCGGGGCAAGGGUCGGUUGGUGCUUCCGGUGAUCUGGCGCCGCUGGCACAUCUCACCGCCGGUAUGAUGGGAGAGGGUACCGUGCGGGUGGCAGGUAAAGAGAUGAUUGCUUCCGUUGCGCUGUCAGAAGCCGGACUGUCACCAUUUUUGCUUGCUGCCAAGGAGGGACUGGGGAUGAUCAACGGUACCCAGGUAUCUACCGCUCUGGCCCUGGCAGGGUUGUUCGACUGCUGGCGUCUGAUCCAGUCAGCGCUGGUCACCGGUGCGAUGGCAAGUGACGCUAUGAUGGCGUCAACCGCGCCGUUUCGCAGCGAGAUACAUGUGCUGCGGGGACACCCCGGUCAAAUUGAUGUUGGCAAAGCGUUGCGUGCCCUGCUGUCUGGCUCCGAAAUUCGUGAAUCACACCGUGAAGGAGACACUCGGGUGCAGGAUCCUUACUGUAUGCGUUGCCAGCCACAGGUAAUGGGUGCUUGCGUGGAUAUGGUGCGACAUGUCGCGUCGGUUCUGGAAAUCGAAUCCAAUGCGGUGACCGACAACCCGUUAGUGAUUGUCGAUGAGGGCAGCAUGCUUUCCGGGGGUAAUUUUCACGCAGAGCCGGUUGCCUUUGGGGCCGACCAGCUGGCACUGGCGAUCGCGGAAAUCGGUUCCAUUACCGAGAGACGUAUCGCUACCAUGGUAGACCCUUCUCUCAACUACGGAUUGCCUGCGUUUCUGUCGCCGGAGCCGGGUUUGAACUCAGGAUUUAUGAUUGCCGAAGUCACUGCUGCGGCACUGAUGUCGGAGAACAAACAGAAAGCGAUGCCCUGCUCUGUUGACUCGACUCCGACCAGCGCAAAUCAGGAAGACCACGUUUCCAUGGCCUGUCAUGCAGCGCGGCGGCUUGGGGAAAUGAAUCAAAACCUGUCGAUCAUCAUCGGUAUCGAGCUCCUGGUCAGCGCCCAAGGAGUUGGCUUUCGCCAUCCGCUGGCGACCAGUGAAAUGUUGCGUGAGGUUAUUGAGGUGUUGAGACAGGAAGUGCCGGCACUUGAACAGGAUCGUUACAUGGCGGCGGACAUAGAGACUGCCUCGCAGAUGGUGCUUCACGGUGAGAUUUUGGCUCCGUCGCUUAUGCUCCUGCCAACGCUCUGGAAUCGUGACACUACACUAGAGUAG